AAUGGGCUUGAAUUGAACCAAACCCAGUUAUAUCAAAUUCGUAUAAGUUUUUUUCAUUUUUUAAUGGACAAAUUCAUAUAAGUUGAAAUUGGAAUAGAAAUACUUUUUUACCCACGUGAACAUUUGUGUGGCCUGUUCAUCCACCAAGGGUAUAUCCGUCGUUUCACUCCUCCUCAACUCCUGGCCCUGACUAGUCCACAACAAUCAGAUCUUCGUUUCUGACCUCAUCUGAGUCAUCUCCCAAAUGUAAGAGGGCCUAUCAUUCCUCACCAAUCCAAUUAAGCCACGUGGAACUAAACCCAAUUUUAUUGGUUCAUUUUGUUUUCCAACUUAUCACACGUCAGCAGGAAACUACUACAUUGUUGACACGUGUAAUGGGCUUCACCUUGUAAGAGUAGACUGUAGCGGAGGUUCUGUUAAACUAACCCCUAUUAAGUCUUAUUUCAAAAAAAAAACCCCUAUUAAGUCCAACCUGGCACUGUGGCUAGAAGGGGGAUCUUCUCAGUGCUUUUGGCGGAGAUUUCUAACACGAACGACGGCAUUACAAAGAAAGCUUAUUUUUUUUAUUUUUUUUUGAUAAAGCUUUCUGAAUCUGAUUGAAAAGAUUCAAAUCAUAUCUCAACCAUUUGAUCAUAAUCAGACAGUUCAUCAUUUUUUUUUUUCUGCCGAUUGCUCCAAAGUCUACUACUUCAUAGUUCACACUCCUCUUUUGCUAAGAAAGCCUCCCUCAAUGGCGUCUCUUGCCCUAACCACCGCGCCUUGUUCUUCUCCCCUAAUCUCUCUCAGAUCCCGCCUUCCGCCGCCCAAAUCCUCCGUAAUCAGGGACGGAAACCGAUGCGCCUACCGGCCUAUCAUCACUCCGCUGACAAUCUCCGACCGCUCCGGCCUCGGGAAUCUCCGACCGCUCAUUUCGUCGAAUAGUUUAUUUAAAGUCGCGAAGUCCGGUAGCAUAUUCACCGUUAAGGCAUCAGCACCGGGGUCAGCCACUUCUCCAGUGGUUCCGGCAACUCAGAAGCCAUGGCAGGGAGCGGCGAUAAAGCCUCUUUUGGCUUCGAUUGCGACGGGAAUCAUUCUUUGGUUCGUCCCGGUUCCUUCUGGGGUUACCCAAAACGCUUGGCAGCUUCUUUCCAUUUUCUUGGCCACGAUCGUAGGAAUCAUUACUCAGCCUCUGCCGCUCGGUGCCGUGGCUCUGUUGGGAUUGGGAGCUUGUGUACUCACAAAAACCCUAACCUUCGCGGCUGCGUUCUCGGGAUUCGGGGAUCCGAUUCCGUGGUUGAUCGCACUCGCAUUUUUCUUCGCCAGAGGGUUUAUCAAGACCGGUCUAGGUAACAGAAUCGCUUACCAAUUCGUCUCCCUGUUCGGUAGCUCGUCGCUGGGGUUGGGUUACAGUUUGGUGUUCAGUGAGGCGCUCUUAGCGCCGGCCAUACCAUCUGUUUCGGCAAGAGCGGGAGGGAUUUUCUUGCCUCUGGUGAAGUCUUUGUGCGUUGCAUGUGGUAGCAAUGUCGGAGAUGGGACGGAGCACAAAUUGGGAUCCUGGUUGAUGCUUACUUGCUUUCAGACUUCGGUGAUUUCUUCAGCGAUGUUCUUGACGGCAAUGGCAGCUAAUCCGCUUAGUGCCACUCUGACUUUUAAUACGAUUCAGAAGACAAUUGGGUGGACUGAUUGGGCCAAGGCUGCCAUUGUUCCUGGAUUGGUGUCUUUGAUCGUAGUCCCUUUCCUUUUGUAUCUGAUUUACCCGCCAACUGUGAAGUCCAGUCCUGAUGCACCUAAGCUUGCAAAGGAAAAGUUGGAAAAGAUGGGGCCAAUGAGCACUAACGAGAUUGUUAUGUCCGGGACUCUGCUUCUUACGGUUGGACUUUGGAUUUUUGGAGGGAUGUUGAACGUGGAUGCUGUGACUGCUGCUAUUGUUGGAUUAUCUAUCCUUCUUGUGAGUGGAGUUGUGACAUGGAAGGAGUGCUUAGGUGAAUCGGUUGCCUGGGAUACCCUCACUUGGUUUGCUGCACUAAUUGCAAUGGCUGGUUAUCUUAACAAAUAUGGUCUUAUCGCCUGGUUUAGCCAAACUGUUGUUAAGUUUGUUGGCGGACUGGGUCUUUCGUGGCAAUUAUCCUUUGGAAUUCUAGUCCUCCUAUAUUUCUACUCUCAUUACUUCUUUGCAAGUGGAGCUGCUCACAUCGGUGCAAUGUUCACGGCAUUCUUAUCGGUGGCUAGCGCUCUGGGGACUCCUCCCUACUUUGGGGCAAUGGUAUUGGCAUUCCUAUCAAACCUCAUGGGUGGUCUGACCCAUUAUGGCAUCGGAUCAGCGCCUGUGUUCUAUGGUGCUAACUAUGUUCCACUAGGUAAGUGGUGGGGAUAUGGAUUCCUAAUAUCUGUUGUUAAUAUCAUUAUUUGGUUGGGAAUUGGAGGAGUUUGGUGGAAGUUUAUUGGCUUGUGGUAGGGGAUUUCAUAAUUCGACGACCCUCCAGAACAGAUAGCAGCAUUUUAAGUCCUGACUUUUCUGAUUUUCAGGAUGCUAGUUUUCCUUUCUAUUCUUUGCUUAGAUAUAAAGUAUUAUUUAUUUUUUUUUCCUCUUUUGGGUAUACAAAAUGUUGUUAUUCAAGGAAAUGGAGAGAUGGUAGAGAUCUUAUUUGAAGUUUUGACUAGGCUUUGCUUAACAGCUGCCAGCAAUUUUAUGGCAUAUAAUAAAUAAAGUGUUAUCAUAUUCUCUUU